AUGAUUUGGGGUAACGAAUUUGUUAAUUAAACUCCUUUCUUUGAAUAGUAGGGAGUGAAUCAUGAUUUGCCUUCUGCUUAUCGCUUUUGGAACGCUUCUCUCUGAUUCGGGCUUCGUUAUAGUAACCGAAGCACAGCAAGCCAAGAUCCUACUGCGCUCAGUGAGUAACAAAAGUUCGCCGAAUGCAUUUGAGCUGAACCUUGAUGUUUUGAAAGAGAUAUCACAGAUGGAGCCACCGAUCCGAGUUAUCGCCGCCGUUGGAAAUGCUCGAGUUGGAAAAUCAACUUUCUUAAACCUAGUUGGCCAUAUUUUGGAUGAAAAGAGAACAUCUUCUGUAAUUGAAGAAGUUUUUAAAACCGGCACUUUAAUGAAGGCAGUCACUCGUGAUGUAUGGGCAUAUGUCAUUCACCAAAAAGAGGGAAGCAUGCUGUUGCUUGACGUGGAAGGUACCGAUUUAGGAGACGACACUGUCACUGAUCGCCUCAGUAUGUUUACAGCCAUGAUGUCUUCCAGAUUGAAUGUUUUUGCAGUAGACUUUGUGGGAAACGCUGACACUGAUUUCCUUUAUCGAAUGGCACGCUUGAGCUACCUUGUGUUCAAAGAUAAAAACAUUUUAGAUCAUUUCCCAAAACUGCAAAUCGUGUUGCGGACUAAUCUCGGUAGUGAUGGUGAUUAUAACUUCAAAGAAAUUAUCAGCGGUGAAACUCAUAAAGGGAAGGAAGAUAAAAUGGAAACGAUCUAUCAAUUUUUUCCGAAGGAUUCCAUCGCAGUCACCCGGAUUCCGUAUGUUCACAAUGCCGCUCAACUAUUCAGAGAUCAAAAUGUGUUAGAGAACAGCUCUGCUUGGAAAGCGUUCAAAACCGCGAUCGAGAAAAUUAAGGAAAGUCCAGAAAAAAAAACUUUUGAAGGAAGUUCUAUCGACGGUGAAGCGCUUAGCGACCUCGCCGAGCGGCUGGUUCAAAUAAUGAACAAUGAUUCAUGGGAAUAUUUUGGAAACGUGUACGAAACCUGGGAAAGAGAUAUUUGUAGAAAGAGUUACAAAGAGCACAUUGAGCCGGUUUUAAAGCGGAGAACCUCAAUCGAAAUACAAGACGAGAUGAUAGAGGCCUCAGACAAAUUUAAACGUGUGUGUAACCUAAAAGAGGAAAUAGAGAAUGCGAAGGAAGACCUCAAGCGAGCAGGAAGGAAUAAAAAAAAGUUUGAAGAAGAGGAAAAACAAAGGAAAGAAGAGAAGAGAAAAAGAGAUGAAGAAAGUUGGUUGGAAUAUGGAAAGACCGCCAUUCGUUAUUUAGGCACAUUUAUCGCAGGUGCAUACAUUUUCAGUGAUAAAGAUCUGAAAGACAACUUAACAACCCUGUCCAGCUCCGAGUUCAACAAUAUCGGCCUGAGGGGGGUCUGCUGGGAAUGGAAUGAAAACGCUCAGAAGACCUUCGGACUGACUGGGGAGGACUGCGGAGUGAUUGCUCAGGAAGUUAAAGUUCUGUAUCCUUGGGCUGUGACAGCAGGAACGGAUGGUUAUCUACGAGUGCACUAUGGCAUUUUGUAUGAAAUGAUCAACGUUGCCCACAGCAACAGGAACUUGUAACGUUCAUUUUGAGUUUUCAUUGUUGUAUUAGUCAAUCUAGAAUCCAUGAUCUUGACUUUUUGACUUGUUUUCAGUUGUAGCACUUAUUCAAAACCAAGAGAAUUGAAACACCUAAUCAUGAUGGAUGUAGAUCGGAGGCCAGGACCCCCAAAAAAGGGUUUCGUAAAGUGAUCGAGUGAGAAAAAAUUUGAUGGUGGAUUUUGAUAUAAAAAUGCAGGCUGAUUAAUGUUAAGUAGUUUGGAGUUGUAUUGUUGCAUAGGCUCUCUGUAAAGGGACUGUAUCUAUACGCCACUCCUUUAAUUCAUGGAAACGAGGCACAGUCAUUAAACCAUUGAUAUUGCUUACACUUAUCGCUUAUUAUAAAAAUCUUCAAUUAUAGUUACAUAUUUACAACAUGAAUCUCAAACGUGCCCAGGUUGUGUAAAUCGAGGUCACGUGACCGAGCACCGACUAAAAUAGCCUUAUAGUGCUGUCAUGAGCACAUUUAUACGGCCUCUGUGGCAUAAAUGUGUAAAAUGUGCAUUUGUGUUCUGCUAUUUUAUAUGAAAGGGUCGUACAAUCUACAGUUCUGACCAAAUUUUAGGUUAUUUAGACCUGUAUUACGCGGCACCGUAUUAAACGGUCACCCUGGAAUAAACGGUCGGUUAUCAAUUUUUUCCCUU